UUUAGGCACUGUGUGCUGUGCAGCGUUCACGAGCGCGCAUAUCACAGACGUAUCUAGCCACUGCGCGAGCUGUUGGUGUCUACUUCCUGAAUUCAGAGCAACAGAUGAGUAAGGCAGCUCGGCAGGACUCCCCCAAGGUUUUUUUUCUGAUAAAAAGACGAUAAACCUCAGUUUGUAAGUCCAGCGUCGUCGGCUUGCUUCGAGGAGUGUCGGCUCUCUGCCACGAUGGUGGAGACUCUAGCUGGGUGUAUGUUUGAGGACAUCCAGUACGCAGAUAUCCAAGUAGAAGCGGCUGUUGGCAGAGGGACUUUUGGGGUUGUCUUCAAAGCUGUGUGGAAAGGAAAGGAUGUAGCAAUCAAGACCAUUGAGAGUGACAAUGAACGGAAUGCUUUCCUUGUUGAGCUCCGCCAGCUCUCCCGAGUGAAUCAUUCCAACAUUGUUAAGCUCUAUGGCUUCUGUGACAAUCCAUUCUGCAUGGUGCAGACCCACAGCCCUUCUAUACAGCAUCCCAUGCAAUGAGCUGGUGUCUGCAGUGUGCCCAGGGAGUUGCCUAUCUUCAUGCUAUGAAGCCAAAGGCUUUAAUUCAUAGGGACCUCAAACCACCAAAUCUACUGCUUGUGGCUCGUGGUACUGUGCUGAAGAUAUGCGACUUUGGAACAGCUUGUGAUAUUCAGACCUACAUGACCAACAAUAAAGGAAGUGCAGCCUGGAUGGCACCAGAAGUAUUUGAAGGCAGUAACUACAGUGAAAAGUGUGAUGUGUUCAGCUGGGGGAUUAUCCUGUGGGAGGUCAUCACACGCAAGAAACCCUUUGACGAGAUUGGUGGUUCUGCAUUUUGCAUAAUGUGGGCUGUCCACAGAGGUACUCGACCUCCUCUGAUCAAAGACCUUCCAGAACCCAUAGAGACUCUGAUGACACGCUGCUGGGACAAAGAACCCAGCCAGAGGCCAUCAAUGAAUGAGGUCAAAAACACUAUGAAUCAUCUAAUGAAGUACUUUCCAGGUUCCGAUGAACCACUGGAUCUUCCUCAUCAGUCGUCAGCCAGCAGAAGUGGCUCUUCGUCAGCCACAAGCACGGACUCGUAUGCUGACUGCACUAUCAACUGUAGCCGGAGUGAUGACGACAUAGAACACACAAACUCAGUUGGUAGAGAGGAAACCCUGAAAAGUCCCGAGUCCAAAUUUCCACUUCAGUUCAAGCCGUCAAAGAGUCCUGCAUCGCGUACUGGUCUGCCCAGGACCUCAAGUGUGGACACUCAACCAGGGCCUUCCCAAAACUCAACCCACUCGAGCAGUUCUCCAAUCAACUCUAGCCAGUCAGAACUGAAGAUGACAUUCAGCUCCACAGGUACCAAUGGAGUAGAUGGCUAUCUGAAACUGGAUUAUCAGCUGCAGGUAAGAUGAUAUUUUUAUUGUGCUUAAAAACACAAAAACAUAGCUGUAGUUCACCAUGGUAUUGGAUUACAGUUUUCUCUGACUUUUCUAGGUGAAGACAUAUACCCACACACUUACAUUUAGUGUUUAUGCAUGUAUUAGUUAUUGUUUUAAGCUAAGAUAGAACUUUAUUAAUCCCUCGGGUGGGUUCCUCUGGGAAAUUCGAUUUUGUAAGUAUGAGAACUCUAAAUUACAAGUAAUGUAGAAGAUCUGCUAAAUUCAGCAAAAUAUAUAUUUUGAAAUUUAAAAUGUAUGUAAUACUAAAAUGUGAUGUUUCUAUUUCUUAUGUUUGCCUAAAUAAGUAAAAUGUGAAUAUGUUUGAAAUUCUGGACAUGCAGCCAUUUUUGGCCACUACUCCGACUUACCAUGGAGGCAUCCUUGUCAAAGACCUGAACCACCUGAACACCAUUAAUUUCUGCCAUUUGUAUCUGUAGUCUCAUUCUUUUAGUCACUACCCGUGCUUAUGACCACAGGUGAGGAUGGGGUCAUAGAUCAACCACUAAAACUUCACUUUCACACUCAGCUGCUUCUUAACCAUGAGCCCCUGAAAUGAGACCCAGGAAGAGGGUGAUAGAUUGCCUGAAGCAGUUAGGACAGGACAGUGCCACUGACCGGACUGGCUGUAUCCAGGGGAAUCUACACCAAGUCUGUAUGGUUUACUGAAGAUACAUAAACAGGGUGCACCUUUAAGACCGAUUGUCUGCAUGAUCAACUCAGUCACCUAUAACAUCUCAAAGUUUCUGGCUUCGAUUCUCAAUCUGUUGGUAUCUGAACACCACAUCCAGAACACCUUGGAGUUUGUUGAGAAGGUGAGAGAUGUCAUUAUGGAGGCAGAUGAAACCAUGGUCUCGUACGACGUUACA